UCUGGCCACUGCUCAGUGGAUAAAGAUGGAUCCUGAAACUUCAACCUAACCCAACCACGUUGUGAGCAUGAUUUAAUAAAAAAAAUGUUGUUUAAUGUAUAAAAGAAAAUCUUGAUAAGCAAAAAUAUAAAUCGUGUUUUAUGAUAUUGAAGAUAAAAUAUUAUUUUGUCAUUUUUAUCGGAUAUUUCUCAGUGGAAGAAGAAAAUGUUUCGAACUUGUUAGGUUAUAGAGAAAAUGGACCAUUUGGUUCUUUGAUAAAAGAUCUCUCUGAUGGCACAUUACAUAGUCCCCUCUUUUAUAUUUUAACCCCUUUGAAAGGGGUACAGCCACCCCUUUCCCCAUAAAAAGGGGUAGCUGCUAAAAAAAGGGUGUUGCAGCAGCAAAAGUAUUGACUACAGUUCUUCAGCAAUUUGUGACUUGUAUACAUUAUGGUUUUUAUAUUUUUCCAUUAAAAUAAGUAUUACAGAUAUAGUAUACAGUGCCUUUAUAUAUGUUAAGCAAAGGUAGAUCAAUAACACAAGUAAGCUAGAUAUUAAUAAGACAUCUAUUAACCUUUGUUGCAUAAAUAUUAAAUUGGACAAUUUUUUCUCCUGUUUUCUAUCAAAAUUGAUAGGUCACGAUACAUGGGAUUUUGACUGUUCCGUCAGAGCAUGCUCGGUAUGCCGGAGACUGUGGCUCGCUGUCCCUCUCCAACGUUCCUUACGGAGGAUAAACUCCUGGGGGUUGGCUGGGAGCUGCCUGUGAUUGGGUAGGACAGUAUCGAAUCUACCCUGCGAACUACUCUGCAUGGAAAGGGUAGCUCAGUUCGUCACAGGCUGUUGUCAGAUCUGCUUCGCAGUGUGUUAUCAAGCAAUUGUUAGGAUGUCAGGAUUAUGUGAAGUGGUAGCUUUGAGGAGAAACGAAAGCUCGAGCGCGAGCGCGAGCUUGAACGCGAGCGCGAACGCGAGCGGCGCAGGAUUACGGAAAUCGCACAGACAGGCCUGUGAACACGUGCGAAAAUCUCGUGUCUCGACGUUUGCGCCCACGGCAUCGAUCGUUCUUCCGUUUAGAGUUUCUCGCGUCGAGAAAAUCCGAUUUCUCCAGAUCUUCUCCUCGUCCCUUCGCACGUGCAAACUGUGACGGCGUGGAAGGAUGCGGCUGGUCGGCGAAACGAUAAAUUACAGAGAGCGAAACGAUGGCUGAAUCACCGUGUGCUACGAGGAGACAUUAAAAUGCCGCGCCGCAAAAAUCGAACGAAGUGGGAGGCACCGUGAUGCAUUCUGCGUCACGGUCACGCAAAUCCGCCGUCGAUUGGCACGAGUUACGGCGUCGCGAAACGGUUGGCCGCGGACACGUUCGGAAGUCAAUGACGGAUCGGCACAGGAAAGAAACGGAGCCAUUAACUGACCGGCGAACAGAAGAAACGACCUCGCGAUCGUGCCGUGACGAGAAUCCGUCGCUGAUGUUGAUCAACAC